GGAGGCAGCUGUUGCCAUUAUAUUAUCAGCCAGCUCAGACACAUCAUCCUGCUUGGAGAAAAAAAAAUGAGUGUGUCGACACCAUCCUAAACGCACCAAACUGAAAAUAGAUUGUAAAAAGUUAAAUCAAUGGUACAGAAAAGUAGUAUGUCCAGGACGCCUUCGACCUCAACCCAGGAGAUCCAAAUGGACAUGUUCGACCAUCAUCCACACUCACAGGGAAAGUACGGCAAGAGGAAGAGCCGGUUUAAGCGCUCAGAUGGAAGCACCUCCUCCGACACCACCUCCAACAGCUUUGUCCGACAGGGCUCUGCAGACUCCUACACCAGCCGGCCGUCAGACUCCGACGUGUCCCUGGAGGAAGACCCCGAGGCUCUGAGGAAGGAGGCCGACAGACAGGCCCUUGCCACGCUUGAGAAAGCAAAGACCAAACCGGUGGCUUUCGCUGUGCGGACAAAUGUUGGUUACAACCCUGGCCCCAGCGAUGACGUUCCUGUGCAGGGCAUGGCCAUAUCCUUCGAAGCCAAAGACUUCUUGCACAUUAAAGAGAAGUACAACAACGACUGGUGGAUCGGGCGUCUGGUGAAGGAGGGCUGCGAGGUGGGCUUCAUCCCCAGCCCCGUCAAACUGGAGAACACCCGUCUGCUGCAGGAGCAGAGGAUGAGACAGAACCGACUCAGCUCCAGUAAAUCUGGUGGAAGCUCCAGUCUGGAUGUUGCCACGGGAACGCGCCGGCCCACCCCACCUGGCACAGCUCACGUGGACACGUCCACAGGGGCCUUUGACGUUGACCCCCUCGACCUGGAUGCCGAGGAGCCCCCUGAGUCGCAGGGUGACCCUCGCUCCUCCAAGGGCAUGUCAGGCAGCGUAACAUCCCCUCAGGCCAACGCCCACCGACUGCCCUUCUUUAAGAAGAUGGAACAUGUCCCCCCGUAUGACGUGGUUCCAUCCAUGAGACCCAUCAUCUUAGUCGGGCCGUCACUCAAAGGCUACGAGGUGACAGACAUGAUGCAAAAGGCGCUGUUUGACUUUCUGAAACACAAGUUCGAGGGCAGGAUAUCCAUCACACGGGUGACAGCAGACAUCUCUCUGGCCAAACGUUCAGUCCUCAACAACCCCAGUAAACACACCAUCAUCGAGCGCUCCAGUACUCGCUCCAGCCUGGACGUACUGGCGGAGGUACAGAGUGAGAUUGAACGCAUCUUUGAGCUGGCCCGAACCCUCCAGCUGGUCGCUCUGGAUGCAGACACCAUCAACCAUCCCUCUCAGCUGGCUAAGACCUCCCUGGCUCCCAUCAUUGUUUAUAUCAAAAUAGCUUCGCCCAAGGUCCUGCAGAGGCUCAUUAAAUCCAGGGGAAAGUCCCAGGCUAAACAUCUAAAUGUGCAGAUGGUGGCUGCGGACAAGUUAGCUCAAUGCCCACCUGAGUUAUUUGACAUAAUCCUGGAUGAGAACCAGCUGGAGGAUGCCUGCGAGCACCUGGCCGACUACCUGGAGGCCUAUUGGAAGGCGACACACCCCCCGAGCAGCAACCCCCCCAACCCUCUGCUCAACCGCACCAUGGCCACGGCAGCCCUGGCCGCCUCCCCCGAGCCGGUCUCCAACCUGCAGGGGCCGUACCUAGUGCACGGCGAGCAGAAGCAUGAAGGGCCCCUGACAGAAUGUGGAGGGAGCAGCACUCUGCACGACUACCAGAGCGACCUGGUAGGGAAGCCUCAGCAGCAGCAGCAGUCAUACCUGCGCUCAUCUCGCGGGCAGCUACGAGGGGGGAGCGGCCGGGGUCUGUCACGGCAGGACACCUUUGACUCGGAGACCCAGGGCAGCCGGGACUCUGCCUACACCGAGGCCGGCGACUCCUGCAUGGACAUUGAAACCGACCCCUACGAAGAGCCCGAGCCCUACCGAGGAGGAGGGGGGAGUCGUCUGCAUCUGGCGCAGCAUCACGGCCGACAAGCAUCCUGGGAAGACGAAGGCGCGGAGCCGGACCAGGAGAACCUGAACCACCCUCCGAUGCCGAGCCAGAUGCAGCCGCAUGGACGUGCCAAGCUGAGGGAGCGUUACUGCCAGGACCCUGGGGACACGGGAGCCAACAUGAGCCGCAACAAGAACCAAGACGACUGGGGGAGGGACGUCUACAUCCGCUGAACAUGCAUCAUAACACAGAGGCGAGGAAGGAAGCUACUGGACAGACUGAGGACAGAGAAAGAGAAGGGACGGGAGGGGGUAG